CAAAGGCCUCUUUGCCAACCUUCCACUCCACCGCUCACUUCUUCCCUCAACUCUCCCAUGGCCGGAAGCCACCACCGGCUUCCUCCUCCUCCUUCUCUUUGAAGAUGAGGAGCUCCGGCGCGGAGUCCCUCUAUGUCUUUCUCGUCCUGCUGUGCUUCCUGCUCCUGUCCCUGUCUUCCUCCACCGACGCGUCCUCCCGCCGCUUUCUCGACCAACCGGGCCCGCCGAGGGCCGGGAGCAACGCCACCGCGAAGGAGGGUAGUUUCGCCGAUAUAAUCGAUCAAGCUCUAGAGAAGGAAUUCGCGGACAACGAGAAACCCGAAGAGACAGAUGCAGGUAGCUUUAACAACAGUGUGGCUGACAAACAGGCAGUUUUAGAGACGGUUGCUCGCGUUACUCGUGACAAGCCCAAGAAAAAUGAGACUAAAGAGGAGAAAUCAUUUCAACUUCAUGAUGUUUUCAACUUGGAUAAUGAGAAUGGAGCAGAGGAAACACCAACAUUAAUAGACCGACAGGACAAUGUAUUUAUUAUCUCAAAUCCCAAAUCAAAGUAUCCAAUUCUACAGCUCGACUUGAGAUUGAUAUCAGAUCUUGUAGUUGUCAUUGUAUCUGCAACAUGUGGUGGCAUUGCAUUUGCUUGUCUUGGACAGCCGGUUAUUACAGGAUAUUUGCUUGCAGGAUCUGCCAUUGGACCUGGAGGUUUAAGCUUUGUAAGAGAAAUGGUGCAAGUUGAGACUGUUGCGCAGUUUGGUGUAAUUUUUCUUCUAUUCGCAUUAGGACUUGAAUUCUCCACUACAAAGCUUCGUGUGGUGCGAGCAGUAGCUGUUCUUGGAGGGAUACUUCAAAUUUGUCUUUUCAUGUGCUUAUGUGGUUUGACUGCAUCACUAUGCGGAGCAAAACCUUCUGAAGGGGUGUUUUUGGGUGCAUUCUUGUCCAUGUCUUCAACUGCUGUGGUUUUGAAGUUCUUGAUGGAAAGAAACAGUGUCAAUGCUCUUCAUGGUCAAGUUACAGUUGGCACCCUUGUUCUCCAGGAUUGUGCUGUUGGAUUGCUAUUUGCACUUCUUCCAGUUUUGGGUGGUAACACUGGAGUCAUGCAAGGAAUGAUGUCCAUGACCAGACUGAUCAUCCUGUUGUGCACAUUCUUGUUUAUUUUGGCCAUAUUAUCCCGCACUUGUGUACCUUGGUUUCUUAAGCUGAUGAUAAGCCUAUCUUCAGAGACCAAUGAACUCUAUCAACUUGCCUCGGUCGCUUUCUGUUUGCUUGUUGCUUGGUGCAGUGACAAACUGGGUUUGAGCCUUGAGUUGGGUUCAUUUGCCGCUGGAGUGAUGAUAUCAACUACUGAUCUUGCACCUCAUACGCUUGAACAAGUUGAACCUAUUCGCAACUUUUUUGCUGCAUUAUUUCUCGCCAGCAUUGGAAUGCUGAUCCAUGUCCAAUUCCUGUGGCAUCAUAUGGACAUUUUACUGGCAGCUGUGAUUUUGGUAAUAAUUAUAAAAACAGUUGUUGCAUUUAUAGUAGUUAAAGGAUUUGGCUACAGCAACAGAACGGCUUUCCUGGUUGGCAUGUCUUUGGCACAAAUUGGAGAAUUUGCUUUUGUUCUUCUAAGUCGUGCUUCCAAUCUUCAUCUUAUUGAGGGUAAACUGUACCGGCUGCUUCUGGGUACAACAGCUCUUAGUUUGGUGACGACCCCAUUGCUUUUCAAGUUGAUACCUGCUGUUAUGCACUUGGGAGUCCUUUUGAGAUGGUUCUCGCCUGACAGUCCAAAUGAGAUGGGAUUUAAAGGUGAUAGCCUUCGAGCAGAGAGUGCUAAGCGUGUUACUAUGAUGGUCCAAGGCACUCAUAUUCAUGAUUAAAGAAAAACAAAAAAAAAAUAUCCGGAAAAAAAAAGGAGCUUUACCUGAUGGGCUGUGUCUUGCUGCUCUGGAGGACAGGUACCCAAGAGCGCAAAGGAAGUAGACUAACUACAUCAUCAUGUUGGUUGUCUCCUUUAUACCCUCAUUGUGGGAAGUGCCAUUGACCAGCCACUUGAAGAUUCCCAGAAAGCUAAAGACACGUUUAUAUUCCCUAUCACUGGUUCAGAGGAAAGUGAAUUCCUUCGCAAUUUUGGUGUAAAAUAGCUGUUUUAUAGUGAUCAGCUUUGAUUUUUUUUUUUUUUUGUUCUCUCAUUUUACUCAUUUAUUGUUUUCCCUUCUCUAUUCAAGUUUGUAGAGAUCUACAGCUUUGUUUGAAUCAACAGUUCUUAAGGUUUAUUGGAGACCGGAACUCAGGAAAGUUCUGGUCUUCACUAUUUUUCUAAGUGUAUAGAAGCUUCCCAUAAUUGAUUUCUCCAAUAUGGAGUUGGUAAUGUAGGUGCAAUGAAUAGCCUCUCAUGUGGACAA